AUGUCUAAUAAGAAUCGUAAUAGAAAUAGUUUAUUAUCAUCUCAUAAUCGAUCUAGUCAUACAAAUUCCACUAGUAAAGAUGAACUACUAAAAUUGAAAUAUCUGAUGGAAACUCCCAAUUUACCCAUAUAUCCAUUAAAUGAUUCAUCAAUAAUAAAUUCCAAAACAAACGAUAAUUUGAAAAAUUCCCCUUAUCAAAAACCAAAAUCACAAUCACAACCACAGGCACAGGGCCAAUCCCAGUCUCAACCAGAGAACUCUUUGGUGUAUCCUGAUUUCAUGCCUUGGAAAGAUCAUACUCAAUUACCACAAGAUGAAACUGAAAUUGAACAUCAAAAAUUAAGUAAUGUAUCUUAUUUGAACAAAGGUUAUUUUGAACCUCCACAAGUGGCCAAUGAAUAUUAUUCUGCUCGUAAUUUGAUUCAAGCUACAGUAUUUUUAUCAACUGAUAAUUGUACGAAUGUUAUAAAUGAAUUAUCUAUUCAUCUUUCCAAUGCUUAUAAAUCUAGAAAUGAAAUAAUUAAUAAGAUUAAAUUUGAUUCUAAUAAAUUCAAAUUGCCUACUAGAGUUACAUUAACUCUGUCAAAGAAAGAAAUUUGGUUGAAUGAAUUAAGUAACCCAAAUGUAUCAAUGACAAAAUUGGGUGAAAAAAUUCCUCAUGGAAUUAGAAAUAAAGUAUUGAUUGAUUGUAUAUGUACUAAGAAAAUCCCCAUAAAUCGAUCAAUUUGGUUUACAAAAUGUGUAUUAUAUGGAGAAUUACUUGCAUUAAGAAGAAAACAUCAAAAUCGAUUAUCAACAAUCCCCAACAAUAAUAGUAACACUGGUGGCGGCGGCGGUGGUGGUGGUAGUGGUAAUUCAUUGACAGGUAUGAUGGAUUAUAAUACCGCAGAAAAAUUUGAAAUUCAUUGGCUUCAAGAAUGGACUCAACAAGUAUCGGAUUAUAUUUAUAAAUUUUCUCGAGAAAUGAAUAAUAUUGCUAAUUUAGAUGGGAAAAAUCAAUAUAUGGGGAAAUUAUCUUAUUUGUUAAAUUAUAUCCAAUCAUUAUAUGUUGAAUCAUUACUUGAUAAAUCAUUAUUUCUUUCAUUGAUAAUGAAGUUUUUGAAAGAUGGACUUUGUCUACAAUCAAAAUAUAUUAAUGGAUUGAUAUAUUCUAGUAUGGAGGAAAACUCGGACGACUAUAAUGAUGAUGAUGACGAUGACGAUGAUGAAGAAGACGCAAAUAAUGCUGAGAAUCCUGAGAGCACUAGCAAGUCUAAGAAAAGAAAUUUAGCUUGGAUGGAUGAAAUUGAUAUGAAUUAUGGACAACGAUUGGUAUCUCUCACAUUAAUCAAAAUGUUUUGGAAUGAUAUUUUGAAAUUUGAUUAUUUAUCGAAGGAGUUGAGUGAAUUGUUGUUGUUGAAUUAUUUCUUCAUUAAUAAAUUGUUGUUGUUCUCGGUCAACAAUGACAAUGGUAAUUCAACCGCAGUUAUACCCGAUGGAUUACAAUCCAAGAUUCUUAAGCUAAUAUCUGAUUGUGUGAGAUACUUGUUUGAAUAUAAUUGUAAUAUUUUCAUUAUACCUAAUCAUUGGACUCUCAUUGAACCAUCGUUAAUGAGGAUUUUGUUACUGGAUUCCAAGGCAAAAUCGGAAAAGGAACAAGAAGAAAUUCAAAAACAAUUGGAAUUGGUUAAAUAUCGUAAUGAAAGUUUAAUUUUGAAUUUGAAAAGUGAACUCAAUAAUUCUAACAACACCAACAAUAGCUCCAAUUUGGGAACUUCCAAAAGGUCCGUUAGAUCAGGAUCAUUCUCCAAUUAUACUACAACCCCCAUCAAACCAAUAUCAAAUACAACCAUAGAACAAGAUUAUUCAUUCAUCAAUAGAAACUCUGAUGAUGUAUUGAACAUUGUUGAAAAAUUGGAUAACUUAAAGCUUAAUAAAGAAUUUGCAAGUUUUUUGAAACCAACGAAAAAAUGCAAUGCCAAUUGGAAACUUAAUUUGAAAGUUUUGUUGUUUUGGUGUGUCUCACCAUGGAGAAAUAGCACCAAUUCAAAUGAAGAUAUUUUAUUCAUUUGCAAUUUCUUGAAGAAUACCGUGGUUAAAUCUUUGCCUAAAUCCUUACGAACUGAAUUCGAUAAUGAAUUGCUAGAAAUUAUUUACCACAUUGCUGAAGAUAACAAUAGUGAAGAAGGGGAUAAUUUACAAUUUACAAGCUCUAGAUUAUACGUUUUGAUAAAUGAGUUAUAUCAAUUGAAAUUAAUUACCAUUGCAUCUUAUUUAAGAAAAUUGAUUGCAUCAGGGAUUUUUUAUUUGGAACCAGGUAGUACUGUUGAUCAAAGUCUUAACAAUUUACCAAGAAUCAUGGAAGUUCAUUUGAAAAUUCUUGAAAAUUUGCCAGUAUUAAAUAACCGACAAUGUGACAGUAUAUUGAAACGUUGGACUCCUAUGGGAUUUGAUUUUAAGGGGAAAUUUUCUCAAGGACAAUCAAUUUUACAAGAUUCCAUCAUUACCAAAAUUUGCAAUAAUCAAUUAACUGAUGAUAUAGAUUCUCAAUGCAUUGGAUAUAUCGAUUCUUUGAGUGUUGGAUUACGAUUUUUAUUGAUAAAUUGGUUAACCAAUGAAUUAAAACUGAAAAUAAAAUCAACUAAUAAAUUAAUUCAUUUCACUCCAACAGUGAUUACCAAACUUUAUCAAUUUUAUGCGAAAAAUUCAGGACUCACGGUUUUCUUUAAAGUUGUCAUUCAAACAAUUUUGAAAAAUGAUGGUGGUAUGAUUAUAUUUUAUCUUGAUUCAUUGUAUUUGAUAUCUAAAUUGGUGAUUAGACAUUAUAAAUUAAUCAAAUCAAUUGCUGGUGCUUCUGAAUUGUCCGCUGCUUAUGAUUUGUUUAAAUUAAUAAUUCAAGUUUAUAAAGAUUUGAACACCCGUGAAUAUGAUUGUUUCAAGUUUAGUUCAAUUUGGAAUUUUAUUAAUGCUGUCAUUGAAAAAUCUUCACCAACAUCAUCGGCAACUACAACAGCAACAACUUCAGUUUCGAUAUCUUCCUUGUAUUUAACAAUGGGGAAACCCAAGAAUUCCAAACUCAAAUCAGUGCAAGGAUUACAUGUGAAACAAACCAUGGACUCACCAAUGUGUAUUAAUACAGUCGAUGAAUCACAUACUCAUGACACUAGAUCUGGUGCGAAAAGGUAUACUUCUACUGAUUUCAGAAAUGAUCUUUAUUUUUUGGUUACUUUACAACCAAGAGCAUUGACCAGUGAAGAAAAACAAGAAGUAUUUGAUUUGAUUGAAAUUGAAUUGAAAGAUUUGGAUUCUGCUUUAGAGUUUUGGUAUAAUAACUUUGAACUACUUGGUGAAGAAAAAGAAAUCAAUUUAAUGAAGAUAAUUAAAAGUUUGGCUGUCACCACUUAUAACGAUCAUUUAAGUCAAUUUAAUGAAAAAUUGAAACAAUUUGUUAUUUCAAAAGUUGGUGAAUCGAUAGAUCACUCCAAAUUGAGUAAUUUCUUGAAGAAACUUGCUAUUUUCGAUUUACUUCGAAUUAAUGAUCUUGUCAAGUUGAUUCAAUCAAUACAACGAGAUGAAAUUAAUCAUAUUGAUGAUACCAUCUCCUUUAUUUAUGAAUUGAUUUGGGGUGAACUCGACAAAGCUCACUUUAGUUGUUCUCAAUUAGUUUUGUUACAAAUUUCCCGACGCAUGUAUCAGGAAAAAUCAAGCUAUCAAUGUAUUAUUUUAUUACAACAAAGGUUAUUGAAAAACAAAGAAUCACAAUUACAAACCAAUCCAUUUUUCAUCAAAUAUAAAGCAGACUUGUUGUCAUUUUUCCAUAAAGCAAUAAUUACCAAUACCAAAGCCAUUCAAAGUCAAUUCUUCGAUAAGUUGUCACAUUCAGACAGUUUACAAUUAUUGAAUGUGUUACUUCAACGUCAAGAGAAUGAAUACAUUAACACAAUUCAAGACUUUAGUUUGUUUAUUAAACAUAUCAACGAAUUUAACUUGCCUAUUUGUCAAGUAUUGUUGAAUGUAUUAUUUAAUAACUUAGUGGUUGAUAAUGAUGUGGGGAUUAAAGUACAAUUGGAAGCAUUUGUCAAUACUUUAUUACAAGAAAUCAAGUUUGAAUUUUCUAAUGAAAACUCCUUCUUUGGAGAAUUGUUCAAUUUUAUGCCGUGGAAUCAAAAGAAUUAUAUUUUAGACAUCCUAGAAACAAAGUUUUUGUUAGAAACAAAUUUGGACAACAAUCAAAUUAAAUUGAUUAUAAAUGAUAGAAACUUGUUACCACCAUUGAAUGAUUUCUUCAAGAAAUUUUCAUCAUCAUCAUCGUCUUCUACUUCGUCAUCUUCUUCUUCCUUGGUACAAACUAUUGAGACUGAUAGUUCGUUUUUCCUUAAUUUAUUUAAUUUCAUUGGGAACUUGGUCAAUGUGGCCAAUUCACAAGAAUUAAUUUUGGAACAAGCCAAUAGCAUCAAUGAUACAAUUUCAAUUUUUUUGAGGAUAUUAAUUAUUCAUAAACUGUAUUUAUGUUCAAUGAUAUCUAGAAAUACCAAUGAAGAAAAUGUGAUUUUAUUUGUUACUAAAUUAAUUGAUUUACUUAAUUCUGAUUAUUUGACUAAUCAUAAUGAUAAAUUGAGAAUAUUACUUUAUGAUUUGCUUUUGUUAAUGAAGUCGUCAGUUAGUGAAGAAGUGAAUUCAACUAGAGAAUUAAAUGAAAAUCUGCAAGGUAACCGAAAUGGAACUGGAACUGGUGGUGGAGGGUCAAAUGCAAUCUCACCAAAUCAAGACUCAAUACUAGACGAUCAGAACACCAAUAGCACUGGUAUUGGUAAGGGCCAGAAGUCACAAAUCGGCGUUACCAACAAUAAUGAUAUGUUGGAUGUUGCCCCUACAGUUUCUCUGAUUCAAGUAUUGUUUGAUUUACCAGAACCAAAUGCUAGUAAUCCUUUUAAAGAAUUUAUAGAUGAUAAAUUGGUUAAAUGUUCAAUUAUGCUCGAGGAAGAAGAAUUAAAGUAUGGUGGUGAUUAUCAUAUUUUCAACAAUACGGGACUUUAUUUGAAAUCAACGAAAAAUGAAUCUGUGAGUUUACCUCCCUUUGUCACUGGAUUAAAUAAAACUGCUGGUGAUUAUGAUAGUUCGUCGGCAAGAAUGAUUAAACAACCUUUCAAAAUGAAAAGUUUUGAGAUAUUAGAAGAUGUAAACAAUAAUAAGAAUUCAGUGAAUGAUGGAUGUAUUAAUUUGAGAUUAUUUGAUGCUUAUACUACAAAAGAAAACCCUCGUUAA